UGACAAAGAAACUGAUAUAAUGAAUAUAUACAACACACUACCGCGACUUUUGAAAACUAGACGUAUGUUCUUCGAAUUUUCGUCUGCUUUACUGGCCGUGGCUGGUGGUUGAGGAUUUUACUAGUGUCGUAACAUACUUUUAAGUCUUUUCGCACUACGUUGGGUAUUUGGCACGGAUUAUUACCACGUAAUACUAUCGGAUUUAGUCUUUCUCAUUACGCCGUUGGCUCGACCAUAUUCAUAGGAACCUUUGCUAAUCAUAUGAACUCUGAGAGAAGCUUACAAAACUAAACAGCUCUUACUCGGCCUCAAAAAAGCAAAUGUUUUCAGUUUGUCGACAGUUUUAUUUCAGUAAAGUCACUUUUGUCGCUCUACCCAGCAAAUAUCAGAGAGCAUUACACCAUGAGUCAAAACACAAAAUUGAAAAAAUAAAAUUAAGAGAGCCUUUCGCUGUCGUUGCUGGGAACUUGCCGAAGACAGCUUUGAAUGGUGAGCAAGCUUUCAAUUUUUUGAAUGAUGAUGCCAAAGUUUUUAUUCACGGCGGCGCAGCUACACCUACAAUACUUAUUUCGGAAUUUUAUAACUAUGUCAUGGCUAAAAAGCUGAAGAAUAUAUCGGCUUACCACAUUCAUACAGAGGGACCCUUUCCAAUUAUCAAUCCUGAAGCAAGUAGUCACGUCCGAUCUGUGUCACUUUUCACAGGCAGCAAUUGUAGAGAUCCAAUCAAGAGUGGAAGAGCCGAUUAUGUUCCUAUAUUUUUGAGUGAAAUACCACUCCUAUUUCGCAGAAAUAUCAUAAAACUCGACCUAGCAUUACUAAAUAUCAGUCCUCCGGAUGUCAAUGGGUAUUGUUCUCUUGGUCCAAGUGUAGAUGUUACUCGUGCUGCUAUUGAGUCAGCUAAGCACCUCGUUGGUCAAAUAAAUCCGAGCUUACCAGUCACUUCUGGAGAUGCCCAUGUACACAUAAGUAACUUCACGUCGAUCAUCCACGGAGAUAUGCCUUGUCACUUUAUGAAUCCACGACAAAUGACCGAAGUUGAAGAUAAAAUCGGCGCAUUGAUUGCAGAUAACCUAAUCGAUGAUGGUGCCACUCUGCAAACAGGUAUUGGGGCAAUUCCAGAUUCAGUCUUAGAUAAGCUUUCCAACCAUCGAAACUUAGGAGUUCACACAGAAAUGUUCUCAGAUGGAAUUAUUAAACUAGUUGAAAAUGGUGUUAUAACAAAUGCGAACAAGGUAGUACGUCCGGGGAAAGUUGUCACGAGUUUUGUCAUUGGUACAGAGAAUGUUUUCAAAUUUUUACAUGAUAACCCAUUGAUUGGUGAGUCUCUACAGUUAAAUUUUUAUUGUUGUUUUUAUAAGGUAUUUCAGAUAAACUUUAUAGAAUACUGAUCAAUAUACUAACCGUUUAUAAAUCCCCAUCACAUUGAAACACCAAUAAAUGGACGAUGAACAUUCUUUUCAAGCCUUCUGCCCAGCACUUUCAUGUUUUCAGUUGUUGUCUAACUUAGAUUGGUUCGUGAUUUCAAUAAAAUUAACAAUUUUUCCUUAAUUUAUAAACAAUCGUAUGUUCACGUGCUAUAAUUUUAGACGAUGUAUUUGCCUUAAACCUGGCCACUUUUUGGAUCAUCAAUUGGGACAGACAACCAUAGGUCUUGAAGAUAAUUUGUUGAAAAGAAUAUUCUCGAAUCAUAUAUAUUUAACUCUUUAAAGUACCAUAAUAAAUUGCGUACGUUUUCUCCUUUUCUAGGCAUCUUAACGUAGUUAGACCAAGUCCGAUUCCGUAGACAUCACUUGUCUAUAAUUUUUUCAGUUCUACCUUGUGCGUAUUUUGAGAAGACAAUUCUCUCUAUUUUUCUCAAAUGAACAGAAAGGAAACUUAUUGUUAAUCGUUCAUAACCAGUCAGGUUUUAAGAUCUGCUUGUUGUCAACUUACAACUACUCCACAAACUAAAUUACACACCUAUAUUCCAUUUUUUUAACCAAGCUUCUCUUAUGUAUUUUCUCUCCACAAACCUCCAAGUUGGAACGAAUUCUGUUUAAAAUGACUAAAGAUUCUCAGAACCAAAGUGUCUGUAUCGCUGUUGUGAAAAAAUCACCUUAGAUUAUAAUUUUUAGUCCCAUCAACAGUUUUAUUCAUAUAGUCUUGUCCUUUUGUUUUGUAUGGAUUAGAAUGAUCUAAGCCAGAAAUGGUUUUAUGAUCACUAACGCCUUUUUUAUUUUCGAUAACACUUGAUAAUGUUUCGAAAUUAACGUAUUUCAGGACUAAAAAGUAGCAUAUUUGUUCGUGUAUUUUGAUACUAGUUAAACGUCUUCUUAAUUCCAAUAAUAUUAUCCAGUUGCUGGAAUUUUAAUGUUUGGGACCAGUUUCAAACAUGUGACCAAAUAUUAAAUGAUCAUAUGUACACGCCAAUGAGUUCUAUUUGUAUUGGAUUCUCUGUAUUAUGGAUUAACUUUAUAGAUUUGGUUCAUUUCAUGCUAUAGAAUAAAGCGGGUAAAGUUCUUUGGAUAGGAUAACAUGAAUUCAUUUUAUUUUUCAAGGUUUUCAUCAGCCGCUUAUAAAUAAUGUGCUAUAUUUCAGUACCAAAAUUAACAAUACAUUUUGACAUACAGUGAUAAACAUGGUCAGAAAAGUGACAGUGUGACAACAAUUAAGGGAACGGAAAUAAAGUUAAAGAUUGCGUAAAAUGUAGGACGAAGCUAAAGUGCAAUGUUUGUUUGCUUAGUUGAUUACAAGAAAAUCAUUUGAUGAGGUCUAUCCCCAAUACUUUGUACUGUCUGCAUCAUAUUAGUAAGAACAUUCUUCUAAUUCACAGACCAGUUCAAUAUAUUCAUUUACAAAAGUAUGAAAUAGGCUUUAUUGGACUCGUCUUUUAGCUUCAUAAAAUAUCAUAUCUUAAAUAUAAAGUCAACAGUAAUAGAAAAUUAUUUAAUACCUUUCCGAUUUUUCCUAAAAAGGAAACUCUUGACAAAUUUGAUUUUUUUUAAAUCGUAAUUUUAUUUACCUUUUUUUAGCGAAUUGAUGCGUUUUAAUACAUUUCUCUUAGUUUUGUUAGAAAUAACUUGAGGAUGAACUACAGCAUUUUGCUCUAUUUAAAGAUGUAUUAUGUACGAUUUUUAUAGAUGAAACUGUUUCAUACACAAUCUGUAUCGACUAUGCCAUACAAAAAAUGUAACGUAAACAUGCCAGUAAUAAAUGAGUGACGAUUAUUUUGUAUCUUGGAGAAACUCAAGAUAUGAAUUCACAGUAAACUAACCAUGAAUUAAUCAUGAUCCAUCAGGUGACUUAUUCUAACUUGAUCACAACAGAAUAAAUAUCCAAAUAGUUAAAACCUAUAAAACCAUGAUCUAUCUUCGUCUAUUAAAAACACUGAUAAACACUAAUCAAAUCCAAAUGAAGUAUGUUUGUGUGACUUUUUUAAUUAGAGUUUAAAUCUGACCUCAUUAUCGUGACUUACCAAGGGUUUCACGUAUAACUUCUGUAAACUGAGUUCACAUGUAAACUCUAAUUGGAAUACCAAAUUUAUGUAGUCAGUAAUCAUCUAGGAAUCAUAACAGUAAUUCUCGGUUUCUAUUUUUUGAAGAAUUCCGUGAUGUGGCCUGGGUUAAUUCACCUUUUGUAAUAGCCCGAAAUCCAAAACCGGUUUCCAUUAAUUCAUGCAUUGAAGUUGAUCUAACUGGCCAAAUUGUAUCCGAUUCUGUUGGCAGUAGAAUCUACUCAGGUAAAUUUGAAGUACACAUUGUUUCAUUCGUUUUGACUGUAUUUCUUUUUUCUUGUUGCUAUAAACCAUCCGUCUAUUUAAGUCACAUAUUACCAAGCACAGACUUCCCACAGUAUUUAGUUAAAGUCUUUUGAAUCAUCAUUUGCUCACCAGUGACUAAUUUCGAGGUAACUCCGUGAUACCAGAAACUGACUAGUGGGCUCAUGAUGUCAAUAUCAUUCGAUAGGCUCUACAAACUCCCUAUACGAAUAAUUGUAAACUCGAUUUUAAACCAUCAGGUCCCUGAUUUGAACCGUACUUCACUUCAUGUUCGGUAACUAGAUGUUAUCAUGAAUCUGAGAUACAAAUUUUCUCCACCAUCUCGUUAUCAUGAACCCUCACAUAAACAGUUCGGAUCCAAGCUAACCUUCGGUACAUAUACAUUAAUCUUAACAAAACUCUACCCACGUGAAAUGGUAUUAAUUUUCAUCGUUUUUUCAUCCAUCGUUUGAGAUUUCUUAGCCUUGUACACUUACGAUAGCUGAUUAUAUUCCAUUGCAAAAGAUGUCCCCGAAUUGUUCGCAUUUUCCCAAACUGCUUAAAUAAACAAAAUAUCUGGUCUGUCUAUCGGAACUUACUACAACUCGCCAUAUCUGAUGAACAGUUUGCCAAAGUUAAAAUAUCUCUCGGUCCUUUUUUUAAUACUACAUCCAGUCUUCAGUUACUAGUAAAUCAUUCUUGCGUGUGAUUCUUUCAUGAAAGUUUUGUUUCGGUAUGCUAAUGAUGAUAAUUGAACUCAUACUAAAAUGUCCAUAAUGUCUUGUUUUAUUCUGACUAAAGGAUUUGGUGGUCAAGUUGACUUCAUCCGCGGGGCUGCAAUAGCUGAAGAUGGUUUAGGCAAACCUAUAAUUGCUCUUCCAUCUACGACAAAACGUGGUGAAAGUAAAAUUUCUCCAUGUCUUAAACCUGGUGCCGGUGUUGUAACAUCUCGAGCUCAUGCUCACUAUGUUGUCACCGAAUAUGGUAUCGCCUAUUUAUUUGGACGUAGUUUAAGGCAGCGCGCACAUGCUCUUAUUCAGAUUGCUCAUCCAGAUCACAGAGAAUCAUUAGAAAAGGCAUCAUUUGAACAACUCAAAGUAAUUCCAUCAGCUGAUUAGAAAGAAAACUACGUGGUUCCAAAGAGAUAUGUGAAUAAGUGAUGUGUAAAGUAAAACAAGAGAUGAAAUUCUUACAAACAUGCUAUUAAUAAUUUAUGUAAUACUCGUACAUUGUAACAAAUAAUCUUGCGGAAAAUUUAUUUUUAACAUUGAUUCUGUAGUGCUUUUACUAACAUAUGUAUUUUACCACAUUGCUUUAUAAUUGUAUUUAAUUUAUACUUAUUAUUAGUGUUUAAGUUACAUUAUCCUCCAAGUCUCAGAUAUUGUUUGUCAUGCGUAUUUUCUUUACUAUACGAAGAUCGGAGGAGGGUAUGGGGAGCAGAAUAAGUUGCUGUCAGACUGAAUUGGAGUAGAUAGAUUUUUAUUUCAAUAUUUUUAGGACGAUAAAAGUCUAACACCCCUUGGCUUUCACUAGUACCAAAAUCAGUG